AUGGCGGCGCACUUAAGCGAAUUUUUGUGCGCAUUAUGACCGUUUUCUAAUGUUCAGCAAAUGUGAGAUAACGAAGAUGCAGUGAGUUUUGUUCUUCUAGUGCAAUGAAAGAGCAAGAUCAAAGUCGGAACCGUAGUAUUGUUGCUGAUCCCACUGCUGGCAUUUCGAUAUGGCGGAAGAGUACCUGUUCCUUGGUACCCCUUUGGAGGAACUUGAGGAUGACGAAAUCCCCCGGAAGAAGUUCCAGCCCGAUCUUACUGUCAGAGAUGCGCAGGGAAGACGCCGUUUUCACGGAGCUUUUACUGGAGGUUUUUCCGCUGGUUACUUCAACACUGUUGGAACUAAAGAAGGUUGGACUCCUUCGACGUACAAGUCCUCCAAGACAAACAAGUCGGAAAAUGUUGCUGCAUCCAGGCCUGAAGACUUCAUGGAUGAAGAGGACCUGGGGGAAUUUGGAAUCGCUCCUCAAAGGAUCCAAGUGCACGAUAACUUUGUUGACUUCACUGAACAGCGGAAACGACUGCGGGAGCCGCCACGCAUUCACCAAGGUCCCAUACCUGGUUCCCCACCUUUAAAAAACCUAUUUAAGCCUGUCAGUCAGAGUAUUGGUGUCAAGCUUCUAAACAAGAUGGGCUGGCGCCAAGGACAAGGCAUAGGAGAACGUGUAAAACGAGAAAAGCCAAAACAGGCCCAGGACCUACCAGGUGUCAGAGUGUAUGGCUGUGCCUUGCCACCAGGCACAGAGUCAUCUAGUGAAGAGGAUGAGUUUGCUGCAGGGCAUUCAUUUGCACCAGCAGAUGUUGAUGAUGUGCUGUAUGUUCCCAAGGACAACCAACAUGGCAUUGGAUAUGUCCCUCUGGACAAGCACUCUGUGCUCUCAGCACCAAUAGAUAUCGACCAGCCUACGACGACUAGGUGCCAUUUGGAAAAAAGCAAAAGGAAACUUGCUAUUACUGGACAGGCAUUUGGCGUUGGGGCUUUUGAAGAGGAUGACAGUGAUAUCUAUGCCCGUGAUGAUAUGUCUCAGUACAGUUUUGAGCUAACUGAUGAACCUGAAGACAAGCCUCGCAAGAUGCUUCCUGCCAUUGGGGGUGGAAGAAACAAGCCUCUAUAUCAACUCGCAAAGACACUGGAAGGCUUUCAUCUAGCCAAAGAGCCACCAAUAGUGAUGAAGUUCUACCCACCACCAAAAAUUCCAGCAGAUUUUCAGCCUAUUCACAAAGCCCCAAAAAGAGAACGUAGACGCUUUGAAGAACCCAAAAGUGAACUUUGCAAAGACAAGAAGGUGGAGCAUUCAGGGUCUGUCUUUGACCUCAUAUCACCAGCUGACAAGGAAAAACUUGAAAUCAUCAAGAAAACUGGCAGAACUGAGAUUGUGAAAGCAACUGUGGACUCCAGCGAAAUGCGGCCACCUUUGCAUGUUUCUCAAACAGCAUCAUUCAUGAACACACCCUCUCCGGUUCCUAUCACUGAGCCAGGAAAACCAAUGAAGCCAUUUUCACGGGACGAAGCAAAGCAAAGGCGAUUUGAGCAGUACUUGUCCCUCAUGAACUCAAACAGACUUGAGGUGUUUUCAGCCAUGCAGCCAGUCAUCAUGACAGAGUGGGAAAAGGAGAGAGAACGCAAGGAGUUCCAAAGGGCAGCUAUGAUCUGCCAGCCAAGCCAGGGCCUUGGUUCUCGGUUUGUCUCCACCAGAACACUCAAAGAUGAUGACACAAUUGAUAUACCUAUUGACAGAGUGGAAGAAACUCCAGAUGCAGCCAAAGCAGCUCAAUUAGGCAUGUUUGGAAAACUGACACAUGACGAAUUUGAAUGGCACCCAGUUGACCUUCUGUGCAGGCGGUUCAAUGUGCCAAAUCCAUAUCCAAACUGCAGCAAAGUUGGCCUGGAAACUGUGGCAGUUGACAAGCACACAGUGUUCAAUUUUUUGACACAUGUGAACCAAGAAAAGGAGCCUAAUGAGACCAGUAAUAUUGAUGGAGGACCCGUGAUUAGUACUGAAACUGCUGAUUCAAGUGCUGAAGUGUCAACUGCAGUGAAUGCCAGGCAUGAUAAUGAAGAGGACUCCAAGGACACGCCUGAAGAGGAGCGUCCACCUCUCGAAUUUUUCAAGUCAAUUUUUUCAGAAUCCUCAGAUGAUGAGGAGAAUUUCAGUACUAAACCCGCAUCGGGAGCAUCAACAGCAGAUGAGAAGGCUGUUGGAGAGGCCACUAACACGAAAAUGAGCCCAAAUAAAGCACUAAAGCAGCCAUCACGACCUGCCCUCGGAGUCUUUGCCAACCUGGACUUUGAGCUACUCGAUCGCAGGGCGCCGCCCGCACCACUGCAAGACGUUCCAUCUAAUCCACCUACCAGCACAGUGACUUAUGCUUCAUCAGGUGAAAUAUCGUCCUCCCAGUCGAGUAAGGAAACAUCAGGCGGCAGCAUAUAUGGCCCAGUGCCACCACCUCUACCAACUAGCAGCUCCUGUUCUAUCACUGCAUCAUCAAUUACAGCUAUCCCUCAAGGUUCUUCUAAGUUGCAGCACCCUAACAAGCACAAGAAAAAAAAUAGCAAGACGAAGAGCGAGAAGAAACACAAAAAGAAGCUGAAGUCUAAACUUAAGAAGAAGAAACACAAGAAGCAUGCAAAACAAAUAACAGUGAGAAAGGGCUCUCAACAAGAAAGCAGUGAAGGGGAUGAAACCAGUGAUUCCUCAGAUGAACUGCCAACAUCUGAAAAAGAACCCUCUUACAGAGACAUCAUGUCGAGGCUUGAGAAGCUGAGAAAGCUUAUGUGAUGAUGAGAGUUAUCAACAGCAGGGGGUGUAUAUAUGUGAAUAAUGUCAUUUUAUUUUGUAGUAUAUGCAGAAUGCUUUUCUCCUAAAGAGCAUUUGAAUUGCUGAUGGUUUUGAUGGACCUAUGCAAGGCAGAGUUUAAAGAUUGCAGGAUGAAGGCGUGGUAAUUGGUGACAUGUCAAGCUGUGAAAUCGUGUGCCUGCACAUGAAUCUGGCGAGUGGAGUGGCUGCAGCACACCGAUGCACUGAACAUUGGACUUCAUAUCCGAUCAACGCCUAAAUGUAGGGACAGUAGUAUUAAUAAAUGAUCAAUCGAUAUCCACAUUUCAUUUAUUUUGCUCAGUGAUGGGAUCAUUUUUAUUACUCAAUCUGAAGACAGUGAUGUGAGUUUUGGGAAAUUGUAUGUAAUACGUGCGAGGCAAGUGAUGGCUCGCAUUUUGAUUUAUUCAGGAACCUUUCAAGCCAAGCACUUCCUUCCUCAAUCUAUGCACUGCGGUUGUGUUGCAUAGGCAGAUUUGGGAAAUAAAACAUUCCAUAGUUGG